AUGAGUUUAGACUCACUCUUUCAACAAAUCCUUUUAACCGAGCAACAGUUAACUGAACAGACACAAAAAUUCAAGGAAGUCAAAAUAGCCAUCAUCAGGUGCAACGAGAAAGUGAAGAGUGCCACUGAAAAGUAUGAAAAGACCAAAGAGGAACUUGAUAUAAAGGCUCAGCAGUUGUCUGUGAUGAGACUGCAGCAUGAUCUGAUGAAGAAAUGUGAAGACCAGAUGUUGAAGCAAAUUGAGGAGCUGCUCUGCCAGAAGAGCCAUCUCAGGGAAUGUCUAGCCAAGAUAAAGAGGGAGUCUAAAGGAGAAGAGGAAAGCUUCCUUCAAGAGAUCUCAAGGUUCAACAGUGACUUCAGUCUUCGGGGGAACAGAGAAACAGUGUUUGAGAGCCAAACACACACUGAGAUCCUGGACCUCGAGAGGGAGGUGGAAUCAUUGUACAAAGAGAUGGAGCUGAUGAGCAGCAGGAACAGUCACAUGAGCUCCAUGCAGGAGGAGAAGAGAGCGCUCCAGCUUGAACUACAUGGCCUGGAUAACAACCGUAAAGACCUGGAUCAGCAGUUGAGUGUGGCUGAAGCAAUGACAGAAUCUCUGAGAGCGGAGAGCCUGUUUGUCAGUCAGAAACCUCUCACUGACAGCACCUGUCUGAGACUGAGGAAAGAACUGGAGGUGCAUAAAAAAGGAGAGCUUGAACUUCUGCGAGAGACGCUCAGCUCAGAAAUACAGCUCCUGCAGUCAAAGCUGGACAGCAGCCAAGGAAGUGAGCGGCAUUAG